AUGAAUGACCUGCUGAAGGUGCCCCUGGUGCACGUCCUCACCCUGGCAGCCCUCAGCUUGGCCGAGACGCUCCUGAAAGCUCCCUUGAUCAGCACUCCUCUGGAAACUGUGGAUGCACUGGUAGAGGAUGUUGCCAAGUUUGUCUGCGUAGUGGAGUCAUACCCUGAGCCGGAGAUUACCUGGACGCGCAACAGCAUUCCCAUCAGGCUGUUUGAUACCCGGUACAGCAUACAGAGGAAUGGGCAGCUCCUGACCAUUUUGAGUGUGGAGGACAGUGAUGAUGGGGUGUACUGCUGCACGGCGGAUAAUGGGGCUGGAGGGGCUGCGCAGAGCUGUGGAGCUCUCCAAGUGAAAAUGCGACCCAGAAUAACCCGACCACCUAUAAAUGUGGAAAUAAUAGAAGGGUUAAAGGCUGUUCUUCCAUGCACUACAAUGGGGAAUCCAAAACCUUCUGUUUCAUGGAUCAAAGGAGAAACAGUUGUAAAGGAGAAUGCUCGCAUUGCUGUCCUUGAUUCAGGGAAUUUAAGGAUCCACAAUGUUCAGAGAGAAGACGCAGGACAAUACCGAUGUGUAGCCAAGAACAGCUUGGGCACGGCCUAUUCGAAGCCCGCAACGGUGGUAGUGGAAGUUUUUGCCAGAAUCCUGAAGGCUCCUGAAUCCCAAAAUAUCACCUUUGGGUCUGUGGUGACAUUGCGGUGUGCAGCGACCGGCCUUCCAGUCCCCACCAUCACCUGGCUGGAAAAUGGGAAAGCUGUUUCUGCGGGGUCUGUAGCAGAAAGUGUCAAGGACAGAGUGGUUGACUCCAGACUGCAGGUGUAUGUCACCCGACCUGGCCUGUUCACUUGCCUCGCCACGAACAAACACAGCAAAACUUUUGGAGCCGCAAAAGCUGCAGCAACCAUCAGUGUCUCAGAGUGGAGCAAGCUGUACAAGGGUGAUGCAGGCUACUGCAGCACAUACAGAGGUGAGGUGUGUAGCGCUAUCUUGGCAAAGAAUGCUCUUGUUUUUUUCAACUCCUCCUAUGCUGACCCAGAGGAGACCCAAGAGCUGCUUGUGCACACUGCCUGGACCGAACUGAAAAUGGUGAGUUCGUUCUGCCAACCGGCCGCUGAGUCUCUGCUGUGUAACUACAUCUUCCAGGAGUGCAAUCCCUCAGGAGCUGGGCCAGCUCCAAAACCAGUGUGCAGAGAGAAUUGCCUUGCUGUAAAGGAUCUCUACUGCUUUAAGGAAUGGCUCUCAAUGGAGGAAAACUCUCAGAAGGGGAUUUACAAGCCUGGGCUGAUGCUGCUCACUCUUCCCGAAUGCAACAGGCUGCCCAGCCUUCACCAGGACCCCAGCGCCUGCACCCGCAUCCCUUUCUUCGAUUUUAAGAAGGAGAAUAUAACCAGGACUUGCUACAGUGGCAAUGGCCAGUUUUACCAGGGCUGGGCCAACACCACAGCCUCCGGCAUUCCCUGCCAGAAGUGGAGUGAUCAGGCUCCCCACUUGCACAGGAGGACUCCUCAGGUUUUCCCUGAGCUGUCUGAUGCUGAGAAUUACUGCCGCAAUCCAGGAGGUGAGAACGAACGUCCCUGGUGCUACACAAAAGACCCAUCUGUGACAUGGGAAUACUGCAGCGUGUCUCCCUGCGGAGAUGCAUCAUUAUCCCUAGGAACAAGAAAACCAAAUGGAGAGACUCCAAAUCUCCCCCUUCCUCCUCCUUUUUCCCCUACGUACUCCAUGACUGUUAUCAUCUCCGUCAUCUCCAGCUUUGCCCUGGUUGUCAUCCUUGGCAUUGUCACCCUGGUUUGCUGCCGUCGGCGAAAGCAGUGGAAAAACAAGAAAAGAGAGUCAGAGACACCGACACUCACCACUUUGCCCUCUGAACUCCUCCUGGACCGGCUGCAUCCCAACCCGAUGUACCAGCGGAUGCCCCUUCUUCUCAAUCCAAAAUUGCUCAGCCUUGAGUAUCCCAGGAACAAUAUUGAAUAUGUGAGAGAUAUUGGGGAAGGAGCAUUUGGGAGAGUCUUCCAAGCAAGGGCCCCAGGGCUGCUGCCGUAUGAGCCUUUCACAAUGGUGGCAGUGAAAAUGCUGAAGGAGGAAGCAUCUGCAGACAUGCAGGCCGACUUUCAGAGGGAGGCAGCCCUCAUGGCAGAGUUUGACAAUCCAAAUAUCGUCAAGCUUUUAGGUGUGUGUGCUAUUGGGAAACCGAUGUGCCUGCUGUUCGAGUACAUGGCCUACGGGGAUCUCAACGAGUAUCUGCGUGACCGCUCGCCCCGCAACCUCUGCAGCCUGGUGCACAGUAGCCUGGAUGCACGGAUCCGCCUCCCCAACCCCUUGGCACUGUGCUGCACCAGCCAGCUCUGCAUUGCCAAGCAGGUGGCUGCUGGCAUGGCAUACCUGUCUGAGCGCAAGUUUGUCCACCGGGAUUUGGCUACCAGGAACUGCCUGGUGGGAGAGAACAUGGUGGUCAAAAUCGCCGAUUUCGGUCUGUCAAGGAACAUGUAUUCAGCUGAUUAUUACAAAGCAAAUGAGAAUGAUGCCAUCCCCAUCCGCUGGAUGCCCCCUGAGUCCAUUUUCUACAACCGCUACACCACAGAGUCUGACGUGUGGGCCUAUGGGGUGGUGCUGUGGGAGAUCUUCUCUUAUGGCAUGCAGCCCUACUACGGGAUGGCUCACGAGGAGGUCAUCUACUACGUGAGGGAUGGGAAUGUCCUCUCCUGCCCGGACAAUUGUCCCCUGGAGCUCUACAACCUGAUGCGCCUCUGCUGGAGCAAGCUGCCUGCUGACCGGCCAGGCUUUGCCAGCAUCCACCGCAUCUUGGAGCGCAUGUAUGAGAGGGCUGUCGCCACCCCGUCAGUCUGA